GGUAGCGCCAUGUACCCCCGCCUGUUCCCCAGCACCACGGACCCGGUGUACACCUACACCUGCCUGGCCGCCUUCCUGGGAAGUCUGGGCAUCUAUGAAGUCUUGAGUCCGUGGUUCUCACGGCGUGUGACGUCAUGCUACGAACGUCUACCCAGGGCGCAGCAGGUCGAAUGGAAUAACAAAAUAACAGCUACCAUCAAUGACGUCCUGUGUACCGCGUUCACGAUGUACGCCUUACUAUUCGAUGACAAGCUACGGCAUGACGACUUGAGGAGCGACUCCCAUUGGUGCAAGCUGGCAGGGGCAAUCAUCUUGGGCUACUUCACUGCAGAUAUACUGGAGAUGUUUUGCAGACCGAAGAUCAAAUGGGACACGGCCAUGUUUCUACAUCAUCUCGCUGCAGCAGUCAUGGCCUACGUAUCACUGUUUUGGUACAACUUUGCUCAGUUCUAUGGCAACAUUAUGAUUAUGAUGGAAGCGUCGAGCCCUUUUCUAAAUAUAAGGAAUCUGUUGCUAUUGGCGGGAUGGUCCAAAUCCUCCCGUCCGUACACCUUCGUCAGUGCCUCAUUUGUAAUCACGUUCUUCCUCUUCCGAGUGGCCAUCAUACCUCCCUUUUGGUAA